AUUUAAGGAGAGAGAUAACAUUAGAGAGCUCAGAUGAUGCUACAAAUUACACAUUGUCCAUGCUUUCCUUUCGCAGAUAAACAGUGACAAUGUUGAGGAAUGUGGCAGAAGAACAGUUGAUCCAGACAGAUUCUUGAGAGAACAUGGCAAGAAGAACAAGGAUGUGUUUGACAUUUCCUGGUAUAGUGGUUGUCUGUCUGCUUCUUCUGGUUGGCUUAGUGGAGACAGCCAAUGAAGUAGACCCAUACAAUAUUCUUGGAGUGACCAAAAGUGCAAGCCAAACUGAAAUCAAGAAAGUGUACAAGCGCCUAGCUAGGGAAUGGCAUCCUGAUAAAAACAAAAAUGAAGGCGCUGAAGAUAUGUUCAUCAAGAUUACCAAAUCUUAUGAGAUCUUAUCCAACGAGGAGAAAAGGGCCAAAUAUGACCGGUAUGGACAGACUGAUGACACCCAGCCGUAUGGUCAUGGUCACUACGGUCAUGGUCACGACCAAUUCUACUUCGACGAGUCCUUCUUCCACUUCCCCUUCAGCAACAAGGGCAGCCAGGAGUUUGCUGAUAGCAAGUACGCUCUGCACUUCAACCAGUAUGUGAAUGACGUGGUGCCUGACAGCUUCAAAAGACCGUACCUGAUCAAAAUCACCUCCGACUGGUGCUUCAGCUGUAUCCACAUUGAGCCAGUCUGGAAAGAGGUUGUGCUGGAGCUGGAGGCCUUGGGUGUGGGGAUUGGUGUGGUGGACGUUGGUUAUGAGAGACGUCUGGCCAAUCACCUCGGUGCUCACCGCACCCCGUCCAUACUCGGUGUCAUCAACGGGAAAGUGACCUUCUUCCACUACGCUGUGGUGAAGGAGCACCUGAGGCAGUUUGUGGAGGACCUGCUCCCUCAGAGACUGGUUGAGAAGGUUACAGACAGGAAUGACCUUCAAUUCCUGAACAGCUGGCAUGAGCAGAACAAGCCGCACGUGCUUCUGUUUGACCAAGUGCCUGUAGUCCCACUCUUGUACAAGCUGACUGCGUUCGCCUAUAAGGAUUAUGUUCAGUUUGGGUACGUGGACCAGGGUCUCUCAGAUACUGCCAACCUACUGAAACAGUUCAACAUUAACACCUACGCCCCCACCAUGCUGGUCUUUAAGGAGAGUAUAGACAAGCCUGCAGACAUUAUACAGGCUAAAGGAAUGAAAAAACAAGUCAUUGAUGAAUUCAUAUUGAACAACAAGUUUCUCCUCGUCCCUCGACUGGUGAACCAGAAACUGUUUGAUGAGCUUUGUCCUGUGAAGCAGUUCCACCGACGCAGAAAGUACUGUGUCCUGCUGAUCACUGGUGAUGAGGAGUCCUAUACCAUAGGAAACCAGGCCUUCCUCUCAUUUGCCUACACCAACACUCAGGAGGUGGUGAGAUUUGCCUAUGUCUACCAAAGACUGCAACAACCACUGUGUGAUACUCUGCUGAAGACCAAGGACAGUACACAGCCACCACAGGUGUUCAUCCUGGAGCGUCGUAACGCGGCAGGUAAGGUCCUGUACAAGGAGGUGGCGGGCGGUUGGAAUGGAACCGAUAAGAAUAAACAACGUCUCUUGGAUGAGCUGCAGAGGCUACAGAAAGACCCCUCCAUCCUCAACCAAGACGCAAUGCUGCCGGAGCUCAACAAUGAGUUUGCCUCUAUGUUUCUCAUUCGAUGGAUCUAUACAGCUUAUGAUUACCUCACUGAAAUCAUUGAUGAUAUUCUUCACAAUAAUUGGCGUGAGAUGAUGCCCCUCCUGUCGUUGAUAUUCUCUGCCUUAUUCAUCCUGUUUGGAACUGUGGUGGUUCAGGCUUUCAGUGACUCUAGUGAAGACGGCAAAUCCAAACCGAAGGCAAAAGACGGAGCUAAGGCAGAAAAUGGAUCACCGGGUAGCAGCAGCACCUCAAGUCGCCCACCGAAGAAGAACUUUGUGGAGGUGACGGAGCUGACAGACAUCACGUACACCAGUAACCUGGUGAAGCUGAGACCAGGCCAUAUGAACGUGGUGCUGGUGCUCACUGACGCCUCCAAGAACGUCCUGCUCAGCAAGUUUGCCAAAGAGGUCUACUCUUUCACUGGGAGCCUGACGCUCCACUUUUCCUUCUUGAACGUGGACAAGCACAGUGCAUGGAUGGAGACGCUGCUGGAGUUCGCCCAGGAUGCCAUGCAGAUAGACACUGACGAGGACGAUGGCGCCCGCCACAAGAUAGACUACACGGGCUACAUCCUGGCACUCAACGGCCAUAAGAAGUACCUCUGCCUCUUCAGGCCUGUCUACACUGGGGAGGAAGGACCCGGGGGCGCCACUGGGGGAGGGAGAAGGUCUGGGUCCAGAGAGGACCACCCACCACGCAGGUCUAUGCCCAGGUCCCGCUCCACUGCCACACUGCAGAUCCACCACAAACUGGACCGCCUGGGGCUGUGGAUGGAGAGGCUGAUGGAGGGAACCCUUCCCAGGUACUACAUCCCUGCCGCCUGGCCUGGAGAAGAUCACCGCCCCCAAAUAGGGGGGAAGAUAACAGGACUCCUACCGAACAUCCUGACUUGCCGGCAAAUCUUUUGUGAGGUUUGA